AUGUCAUCAUUACAGCUUCAAUAUGGAAUUCUUUCAAGCUAUGAUAAUCACUGGUUCCUGUAUCGACCAAAAAAUAACAAUACGGAGCUUCGCAUUUCUCAUCCUCUUGCACGUGAUUCAACCAAGCCGCCUGUACUUAAAUCAUACGCAUAUUUGGCUUGGAUAGCACAGCAAGAUCCCAUAUCCCCCUCUCAUAAUAGUAAUAGGAGACAAACUUUUGCUUUACAGCAAGGUCAACAAAAUUCUGGAAGUGGCCAGCUUUCCAGAAGUUUGAGUAAUCCUCAUCAUAACUUGAGAAGUACGUCUAGUGACCGGGAAAAUCAGGAUCCAACGGAAAAGGGUUUUGAUUGUUCGGAAUUUAAAUUUGAGUGUUCAUUAGGCAAUGGGCAGACCGGAGGAACUUACCGAUGUAAGUUCUAUGGACAAACAAUAGCUUUGAAGACUUUAGAUCUUUAUAAGAAUGGCCGAUUUUUCGAUCAAAUGAAAAAAGAAAUCGGAAUAUACAAACGUCUUUCUAAAAUUCAAGGAAAGUAUAUCCCAGAAUUGGUAUGUUACGGUUAUUAUGGGGGUGGAAUGGGCUACGUUAUGGGUAUGACAAUUGUUGGUACUAUGUUGAAUUUCCAUAAGAUAGCGAAAUGGCAAAAGAAUCAGGCUCUUAAUGCAUUAAGGAUAAUUCAUAGUCAUAACAUCCUUCACAACGAUAUCCGAGAAGAAAAUAUCUUAGUUAAUGACGAAGGUAAUAUAUUUUUUAUUGACUUUGAGGAAUUUGGAAAGAGAAAGCUUUCAGCGGGCUAUGUAUAUGAUAUAAUUGGGCAAAUUUACAAUUAUAUGUCAUCAUUACAGCUUCAAUAUGGAAUUCUUUCAAGCUAUGAUAAUCACUGGUUCCUGUAUCGACCAAAAAAUAACAAUACGGAGCUUCGCAUUUCUCAUCCUCUUGCACGUGAUUCAACCAAGCCGCCUGUACUUAAAUCAUACGCAUAUUUGGCUUGGAUAGCACAGCAAGAUCCCAUAUCCCCCUCUCAUAAUAGUAAUAGGAGACAAACUUUUGCUUUACAGCAAGGUCAACAAAAUUCUGGAAGUGGCCAGCUUUCCAGAAGUUUGAGUAAUCCUCAUCAUAACUUGAGAACAAUGCAUUUUUGUUUAAAAUUAAGAUUUGGAAAAAAAAUUGCUAAUAUUACUUGUGCCAUUUUAAGUAAUUCUAUAAAGCAAUCAGCUAAUGUAGUUGCAUUGGAUUCAAGAGUCUUUAUGGAAUUAUGGCAUUCUUUGCAGGAUUUAAAACUAUUUUCAAUUGUUCAACAUCAUACCAAAACUGUCGAUCUUGAAUAA